AUGGAGAAAACUAUUAAGAAGAAGAGCCAAUCGCGGGUCAGACGACCUCUCAAUCCAUUCUUUCUGUUCAGUAAUGAAAACCGGAAAAGACUUUCACUCGAAAACCCGACUCUCGGUAAUCGAGAAGUGAGCCGAUUAUUGGGCACUCUUUGGGCACAAUUAGAGGCCAAACAAAAGGAAGAGUAUAUCGAAAGAGCGGCAGUUAUUUACAGACAACAUCUUAAGGAUAAUCCAGGCUAUAAGUUUGAUCCGUGGGUUAAUAAACGAGUGGCCGUUAAACGAGUGGCUGUUAAUCGAAAGCCAAAGAAUUUUAAAAUUAAGAGUGCCUCGAAUGUGAUUAUAUUGAGAGCCGUUGAGUGUCCGACACUCACACCUAUCCUAUCGGACGCCAGCGAUGAUUGGUGUGAAAUACCGGCGCCGACGACACACGUCGAGCCCAUCACCGAAGAGAAGCUAAUCUUUACGAAACUGUUAGGUCUUUGCAGAAAGAACUCCAAAGAGUACUUUGAUUUGCAAACAAAACUCGCCUUAAAAUCAUUGAAUCAACAAAUGUCUCAUUGGUUUCUGACGCCUAGUCUUCCCAUAAGGAGAAGAUAUUGGAAGAGCUCUUGUGGUGUGAAUGCUGUGAAGAAACCUCUUCCCAUAAGGAGAAGAUAUUGGAAGAGCUCUUGUGGUGUGAAUGCUGUGAAGAAACCGUUCACCGGAUCAGUGAAAAGAGGAAGGGGUCGACCGAAAAAGCGGGUCAAACAAGUGGUGACCAAAUCAAACGAUCACUUCGACAACUCGUCCGGACAUUCAAACGGUUUCUCAUAA